UACUGUCAAGUAGAUAGAAGAAAAUAAGUAAUACUAGACUAUAAAAGAAAUGCAGUAGUCGCCAGGUUCGUCUUCCGCGAGCUCGCCGCUAUUUCGUUAUUUCAAAUAUCUCGGUGAUGCUACAACUGUGUAUUCGAACUUGAAGAACCUAAAAAACCUGAACUCUUUUUUCUUACGGAAAUCGUUGUACGAUCACGAUUCUAAAUGCGUGUGCAUCUGUUGUUGAUUCUAUUCUUCGCGAGCACUAUCUUAGCGCGAAGUGCUCGAGAUAAAAGGGAUACUGCGACCACAGUAUUACCUUCAUCUACUUCUACAAAUGCAGCUAGCAAUGAAAGUAUGACAACAGGCACUUUUGCAAAUGCAGCUAGCAAUAAAAGUACGACAACAGGCACUUUUGCAAAUGCAGCUAGCAAUGAAAGUACGACAACAGGCGUUUCUACAAACGAAGAUGAUUGUCAUACAAUUAUUUGUAGAAUUAAUAAUGCUUUAAGUAAGCCGUACAAAAUAUCGUCUAAACUUCUUAGAUCAAUGUUACAAACCUUUAAGAAUACUUUAGAAUCGGCUUCAAAUGCAUUGACUACAACCAGCGAUGUAGUCUUACGAGUUACAAUGCAACCGCUUCUGACAGUAAUGAAGUUGGCCAUUUGGGCGACGAACUGGAUACUGCAACAAUUUUUCUGAUUCGAUAUUGUAUAAAGUUGAUACAAAAAUAUUUUCCAAAUUCAAAAUUUUUACUCUACAUAAUCUGUAAAUAUCUAGAAACAUUAAAAUGAUCAACAAGUUACACGUUCCUGACGCUCUCUUAAGAAAGGUAUAAAUAUAAAUAAUUAUCAGCUGAGAAGAUUGAACUAUCGUUACAAGUCGCGAUAUUAAUCACUGGAGAUUACAAGAUUAUCAAGAUUAUCCAGUCUAAGGAGAAAUCCAUCAAUUGAAUACCUAUCAUAUUUUUUGGUACACAGCGGGAACUUUUUGGUCAACUAUACAUCAACAGAUCUUUACCUACUUAAAUUGUCUCGUAUGUAAAUGUAUUUAUAAAGUAAUGUUCAAUCGACAACGUAAUCGUAAGGUUUUUUCUUCUAAUCUUUCUGAAUAAAUUUUCGUCUCGA